CUCCUCAUUAACAGAUCUCUUACUGAAUAAUGGAGGCAGACUGGGAAACCAACAUAAAUGGUGCUGAUCUUGAUGAUCUAUGGAAUGAUAUAUUUUCCAACUACACAAUGGAAAACGAAUACGAUAAUAACAACACAAAUGGAAAUGCACAAGUGUGUGAUCUUGGGCACCGCAUGCACUUCAAGGCCAGGUUUGUCCCAGUGAUGUACUCUCUGGUGUUUGUGGUUGGAGUCCUUGGGAACGGGACUCUGCUGGGAGUGCUGUUCCGUAGCAGAAGAGGCUGGAGUGUGACGGACACCUUCAUCCUGCACCUGUGUGUGGCUGAUAUUCUGCUGCUGUUCACCUUGCCACUGUGGGCCUCCGAGGCUGUGAACGGCUGGACUUUUGGGACUCCCCUGUGCAAGGUUGCAGGAGCUGUGUUCAUGAUCAAUUUGUACUGUGGGAUUUUUCUGCUGGCUUGCAUCAGCCUGGACCGGUACUUAUCCAUUGUCCAUGCCACGCAGAUGUACUCUCGGAGGAACCCCUGUGUGGUCCAAGGGAGCUGUCUGUUUGUCUGGUUUUUCUCCUUGCUCCUCUCUAUCCCAGAUUGGUUGUUCUUCAAAGCGCAGACGGACGUCAGACGCAACAACAUGACUGAAUGCAUUCACAGUUACUUCAUGUAUGGCACUGAGGCAAUCAAAGUAGGAUCCAUGGUGACCAGUCUGAUCUCUCAUGUGCUGGGUUUCCUGUUGCCUUCUGCUGUUCUCAUUUUCUGCUAUACAUGCAUCCUCCGCCGGCUCCGCUGUGGCACCCAUGGCCUUCAAAAGCAACGCGCAACUAGAGUCAUCGUGGUUGUUGUGGCUGUGUUUUUUCUCUGCUGGAGUCCUUACAACAUCACUCUUAUGGUGUACAUGCUCAGCUCUGAUAGCAGUAACAACCAGACAUGCGAUGGUGGGGCUAGGAUGGAGAGAGCCAAAAUCAUCACAUCUUCCCUGGGCUAUCUCCACUGCAGCCUGAACCCAAUCCUGUACGCCUUUGUGGGGGUGAAGUUCCGUCGGCAGCUCCUGGAUAUUCUCAAUUCCUUGGGCUGCAACAUCAAGACCACAGUCCACCGCCCAUCUAUGGCCAGCAGUCGCAAGAGCUCCGUGUGGUCCGAGUCCGGAGACACGACCAACUCUGUCGCAGUCUGAGGGAUCACAUGAACAUUACAUAUAAAAACUCUACUCAAAAUUAGGCUAUAUUUAUGUCCUUAAUAUGGCAUACUUGUAUUUUGUGUAAUACCUCAUAUCUUUUG